UAUUUAUCAGUUGAAAUCUAGCGAUCGUAGUGCACAAGUUUUAUCUUAUAUUUUGUUUGUGUUAGUGCCCAUUUUUGUGAUAUAUAGAACAAAAUAUAAAUUAUCAAUAUUGCUCCGGCAGUGGUUUUGAAGAAACGAUACAAAAAAAUAAAAAUGACAAAUCGCGUUCACCAGUUGCCCGAUUCUUCGUCGUCACCUCCUUCCUUACAAUUUGGAUAUAGUGCAGGAGACAUGUCUGAGGAUGAAGUUUCCGAUCUGCCCAGCUGUGCCUUCGCGUCUAGACCAUCUUCCAAUUCGAGUCUUCAACAUCAUUAUUUGAGCAGUUUACAUCAUGGAGGAGAUGGUCAAUGCGCAGGUACUCUUUCCAGUUCAGGUGACUACUACGGAUCUUCCCCUUACAGGGUCCAGAGACACGCCGCCAACAUCAGGGAGCGAAAAAGGAUGCUGAGGUCUGCUAUUGGACCCACCGGCAGUAUAAACUCUGCGUUCGACGAGCUGCGUAUGCAUGUACCAACAUUUCCUUAUGAGAAACGACUGAGCAAAAUCGACACCCUUCGACUAGCAAUUGCCUACAUCGCUUUAUUGCGGGAAGUUCUAACGGCAGACUGUGAUCCUCUAACUUAUGUGGAAAGGUGUCUAAGGGGUGAAAUCAAAGCAGACAGGGCUAACUGGAACACUAGUGAUUUAACUGCCCGUUUGUCUUGGAUUAAUUGGGAAAAUUUGGGAGUCACGCCUGGAAGACGAAGUGCUUUGACGUCUCUAGCACUUACUUCGGAAAACAAUCAAUGAAUAGAGACGCUAACCUGAGAAAAAUAACGAUUUAAUUAUGUAUAUAAACAUAAAAUACUGUGUAUAAAAUACUGCUAGAUUUCAAAUUAUGUGCAAUAUUUGUUUUGUUUUAAUAAAAAAAUGCUCAAUGUA